UCCUGGUGCUCGGUUCUUUAUAUUUGUAUAGAACACAAACAUGUUCCUAAACAAAGCAUAUUUGUACUCAAUGACCCCGUCAAUUUUCAUAUAUGAUCAAAUUCAACUCUUCAUGGUGCAGCCUAGAGUUCCCACACUAUAUUGCAUUGGUCAACUGUUAGAACUUUAGUUCUGUGUUGGUAAGUCAUAAACAACUUCUCCCUCUCUUCUCACACUCUUUUCCUCUCCUUCAAAAUCUCUCCGGGGAGCAAACCAUGAAGGAAACGCUCCCAAACGACGGCGUGAUAAGCAUGGAUGAAGGCGAGGAUGAGAACCAUGAUGCAGCUACUCACAAGUUUAAGUUUUGGUGGAGUGAAGCUCAAUCUUUUUACUCAAAAAUAAUGGCUCCAGCUUUGAAGAUUGGAGCUGUCAGAAGUGCCACUCUCUUUUGUAUAGUUAUGUUUUUCGGAGGCCUUUACGCUACACGGUGGCUCGAUAUUUCCAUUUUUACAGGCGCGCCUUUCCAGAAAUCAUCUCUAGUAUUAAAUCAUAAUAAAAUUACAUAUCAACUUGACUGUUCUGCCGGGAACGCUACACAAACAUGUCCAGCUAAGAAUCCAAUAUUGUUCACCACCGAUGAUUCUUCAGCUCGACAAUGUCCUGAGUAUUUCAGGUGGAUUUACGAAGAUUUAAGACCAUGGAAAAGGACUGGAAUUACGAAAGAAAUUGUCGAGAGUGGAAUGCAUAAGGCCAGUCUCAGGAUUAUUAUAGUUGAUGGAAAAUUGUACAUGGAGAAAUAUAAGGAUGUUUUCCAAACAAGAGAUGUGUUUACGAUAUGGGGAAUACUACAGCUUCUAAAGCUUUAUCCAGGUAAAAUACCAGACCUCGAUUUCAUGUUCCAGUGUGGUGACACUCCAGUGAUCCCUAUGAGAGAUUAUAUGGGAGUCAAUGCAUCAAGUCCACCCCCAUUGUUUCAUUAUUGUGGCGACGAUUCAACUUUGGAUUUGGUUUUUCCCGAUUGGUCAUUCUGGGGCUGGGCCGAGCUCAAUAUAAGACCAUGGGCGUCUCUUAAAAAUGAGAUGAAAAAUGGCAAUAAGAAAACAACUUGGAGGAAAAGAAUACCUUAUGCAUAUUGGAAAGGGAAUGCAUGGGUGAGUAAAAACAGGCGAGCGCUGAUGAACUGCAAUGUUACUAACAAGAAUGACUGGAAUGCUCGACUAUAUCAAGUUGACUGGGGCGCUGAGUCAAAGAAAGGGUUCAAACAAACUAACUUAGCAAACCAAUGCACUCAUAGAUACAAGAUAUAUAUCGAAGGAAGAGCUUGGUCAGUUAGUGAAAAGUACAUUCUAGCUUGUGAUUCAAUGGCUCUUGUAGUUAAGCCACAGUUCUACGAUUUUUUUACUAGAAGUUUACAGCCGCUGGUACAUUACUGGCCGGUAAAUAACAAUAACAAGUGCAGAUCAAUUAAAUUUGCAGUUGAUUGGGGAAAUUCACAUCACAAGAAGGCUCAGAGAAUUGGAAGAGCAGGAAGCAACUUUAUCCAAGAAGGAUUGAAGAUGGAAAAUGUAUAUGAUUAUAUGUAUCAUACAUUGAACGAAUAUGCAAAGCUGAUGAAGUAUAAACCAACGAUUCCGCCAAAAGCCACAGAAGUGUGCUCCGAGACAAUGACUUGCCGUGAACACGAAGAAGUGAAUAAAAGGUUUAAGAUUGAGUCAAUGGUUAAGCAUCCCUCUGAUUCAAGUCCUUGUGUUCUGGCUCCUUCAUAUAGUCGAAAUGAUGUUCAUGCAAUUAAAAAUAAGCAAGAAAGUGCGAGAAAACAAGUGGAGGUGUGGGAAAGAAGUGGGGAUGCUACAAAAGUCAAAUUUUAGUGGAAGAUAAUGUGUAGAUUGUGUAGAUCAAAUUUGAAAUCAUUAGUACGAUUCUCUUUGCAUCUUUUGUAUGUUGAUUAUAAGCAAACGCGUGCCAGGCAAAAGAGACGGCAGCAUUACAAUAAAUUACAUAUUGCUGGCUGCAAAAAUGCGGUCAGCAUUA